AUGAAAGCAACUGCUCCUAAGGCAUCUUCUUUUAAGAGGAAAUCCAAAGAUGGAGAUGAAGACGGUUCAAAGAAGAGAAAACCAAAGAAGAAAAAGGAUCCUAAUACACUAAAGAGAGCUAUGUCUACUUUCAUGUUCUUCUCACAAGCCGAAAGAGAUGAAGUUGUUUUUGGAGUUGCUAUGGAAUUCCUCCAGGAGAUUGCCAAGAAUUCAUGGGUUCAAUACGACUACUCUAGAAGGCUUGAAGAGAGUCUUGAUGUUCUGAAAACCGAAAUGCAAGAGUUGGUCAGCCAACAGACCAACAUAAUUACUGCACUGAACGCAACGUACGUGAUGCAUGAAAAGAAGCCAAAGGCAGAGGUCAGUUUAUGGCUGGAAAAUGUGGAAAAGGUUACAAGCACAGUGACUAAGAUAGAAGAGGUUUAUGGAGAAAUAGGGAGAGAUUUCUCACUCCCCCACGUGUUGCAUUGGGAAAAAGUAGAACGGAUUACGAAGCUUGUGACUGAAGAAUGUGGUGGUUUGCCGCUUGGAAUCAUCACAGUAGCAAGUGCAAUGAGAGAAAAGGAUGACGUUAGAGAAUGGAGAAAUGCAUUAGAAGAGUUAAAAUGCUCAACGAUGGAGAUCGAAGGUAUGGAUGAUCAAGACUAUGGAUUCCAUGAUGAAUAUCUGGUAAAAUAUUGGAUAGCAGAAGGAUUAAUACAUGAUAUGGGAGAUUGGGAAAAGGAACAAGACAAAGACCACACGCUAUUGAAUGGACUGAUAGAUGUAUGUAUGUUGGUAAGGAAGUCUCCUAUUCAGGUAGUAAUGCAUGAUUUAAUAAGAGAUCUGGCGAUCGGAAUUACAAGGAAGAGGCCUCUGUUUGUAGUCAAAGCUGGCAUGGGGAUAAGGGGAUCAAUUGGUGUAGAAGAAUUUACUGAAGAGGUUGAAAAAAUCUCAUUAAUGAGAAAUCAAAUUGAAAUGCUUUCAGGUGAAUCCAAGUGCCCAAAACUCUCCACAUUGUUGUUGCAAGGUAAUCCUCUCUCAAGAAACAUUUCUCAUGAGUUCUUCAAUCGCAUGAACAGCCUCAAAGUUCUCGACCUCUCUGAGACUGGUAUUGAGUAUCUGCCAGAAUCAGUUUCCAACUUGGAGAACCUGUGUAUGCUCUUAUUAACUAGGUGUAAGAGUUUAAGGGAGGUACCGUCCUUAGCAAAGCUGAAGCGUCUAAUGUUUUUGAACCUCUAUAAUACUGGUAUCAAAGAAGUGCCACAUGGGAUCGAAUGUUUGGUUAACCUCAAACAGCUUUAUGUUUCAUCUGCUGAAUGGACAAAUGGGAUAAAUGCUGGUGGUUGCAAUUCCUUAAUGCUUUCUGAUAGUAAUGUUAAGUUGAAUAUGGGGAGAUGCGAGCUGUCAAGCUUACACUGCCUGUCUCGCUUGCAACACUUACAGUCAUGUGACAUCUGGAGGUGUAGCAUGAAGUGGUCGUUGCCGAUAGGAGACAACAGCACCAUAAUUCCAUCUUUACCCUCAAUAGAGUCUCUGGAUCUAAUAGAUCUUCCGAAUUUAAGGGGUCUGUGUGAGAAGUCUUGCUGCCUCCCUCAUUUGCAUGCCUCAGAAACCUGA